UUGUUUGGAUAUCUACUGUUACUUGUAAAAGUGGCUCGAUACAAUGGCACCAUGUCGUCAGUUGCUCAUGUGGUCAGAGGAAGAGAAAGAAUUAAAAGUUUAAAAGAGGAAUUAGCAGAGGCCUUGAAUGCACAAGUUGAACUAAAUCGAACAACACCUUUAGGUAAAGUUGAAUGUUCUAUUAUUAAAUCUGCUCCAAUAGACAUAAUUCCAAAAGGUAGUGGAUCACAGAGGUCUUCUUUAGAAUUAACAGAUGAAGAAGUUGAUAUGGAAAUUGACAAAAUAAUUCGAAAGAAGUCACUUGAAAAGGAGAAAAGAGUUUCAACUGAGUUAGAUAAACAAAUUAUAUAUUGUAACGCAUCCACUUCAUCAAUGAAAAAACAUUCACCAAUUAUACUCAAAGAAUCAUUGUCCCAUUCAGUUUCACCACUUAAAUCUGAAAUGACUGAAUGUAAUAAAAGUGAUAAAACUCUUGACCUAAAAAUGGAUAUCUGUGAUACAGUCAAACAAAAUGGAGCAGAAGACCAAGAUAGUAUAAAUAAUGUUGAUAAUGUACUAUCUGAAGAUAAUGUAACAGAACAUAGUACUGUUACUGACACUGAAGAUCUUAAUGUUAUUAAUGAUGAUAAUGUGGAUGUAAAUAAUGAACCAAGUGAGAGCAAUGAAAGCAAUAAUACAUACUCUGCUUCACAGAAUAGGCCAAUUUCUGACAGGGAUUCAGCAAAUCAUAGUCCAGUAGAUCCUUUGUUAGCUAGUCCAUCCAUGUGUCAUUUUUCAGACAGUCACAGUGAGGGAUCAAAUGAUAGUGGCAAAGGAUGUUCAGAAGCAGCUAGUCCACCUCCAGUUAAUUUAAAUUUGGUCCCUUCAGAGACAGGACUUAGAAUACAUCAGUUUAUAAUUCCACAGACCUUGGUUGGUCUCUUAAUAGGCAAACAUGGAUCAUUUGUUAAUCAAAUUAAAGCCAAAACCGGCGCUAGUGUAUAUGUUAGAAGACAUCCUGAUUCUGUAAAACAAAAAAUUUGUGCAGUUGAAGGAACUCAAAAUGAAAUUGAAGCUGCUUUAGAUAUGAUUAAAGACAAAUUCCCUGAAAAAAGGUUCCCCAACUUUUCAAUUCAAGAAAUUAGUGCAGAAUUAUAUCAAAGAUUAGCACCCUUGGUACCAGAAUUUCUCCAAUUGCAGCUAGUGGAAUCGGUCAACAAUGACACCAUAAUGACAUGUUUGGUGAGUGCGGGUCACUUCUUCUUGCAACAACCUCUGCAUCCAACCUUCCCUACACUGCACGCCUUGCAUCGCCUUAUGGCGGCCACGUAUCAAAAUCCGGACGUGCCCUCUCUACCUCGCCCAGUGAAAGAGGGCUCAAUCUGCGCUGCACCUACAGAGAAUAAUUGGUAUCGGGCACAAGUAAUAUCAACUUCGGAAGAAAAUGACACAUCUGUUGUAAAGCUGGUGGACUUUGGUGGAUACCUCACUGUUGACAAUGAUCAGCUCAAGCAGAUUCGUUCAGAUUUUAUGACUUUGCCCUUCCAAGCAACAGAAGCUCUUUUGGCAUUUGUCAAACCAGCAAAUAAUGAGGCAGAAUGGAGCAGUGAGGCACUGCGUAUAAUGGCGGGCCUGACGGCGGGACAGCUGCUCCACGCACAAGUCGCCGGCUACGACGAGGCCGGCCUGCCACUUGUACAUCUCUACCUUACGCUUAACCCGCAGCAAGUGAUAUUCUUGAAUAGAGAGCUAGUAGAGCGCGGUUUGGCGGAGUGGGAAAUCCCUCCAGAUUCGUGA